UUUAUUCUUAUAAACAUGAGCCCGAGAGGACAGGACAGCAAGAUGCCGUUGAGGCGGACCAGAAACGCUGGAAAUGUCCAGAUGAAAGAACAGCAGGGCCGGGACAUGCGACAGAGCAGGCUGACGCUCUUCAUUCAACAGUUUGAGAAAGAAGCACAAGACCGUAUGAACGAUUUAGACGCCAAAACGGAGAACAUGUUGACAACAGUGGAUAAAGUAUUCAAAGUGGAACAGAUGAAGAUGCCGCCCUCGCUUCAAAACACGCUCAUGGGGGAUUUAAUAAGCGAGGAGGAAAUCUCAGCAAGUGACGUGUCAAUUGCCAUGAAGAUAGAGUCCUUGGAGAUGCACCAGCCCCUCAAGAGGGUACCCAGUAAAAGAGUAAAAUCAACUGAUUCUACCCCGGGACGGUCUACCCCACCCCAGAGGUCCUCAUCAAGGACCUCUAAGGGAGGGAAGGGGACAAGUAGGACCAGAACAUUAGUUGGCAGUAACAGCACUGGAAAUAUCAGGGGCUCCUCGGCCGCUGCCAAAAGAACUCAAAGCCGUGUGACAAAGACCAACGAACAGACCCUACCAACCAAACGUAGACUCAGGUCUGUCGUCUCUACUGGUGAUCUGCACUGUUCAGUGGCAGGCUCUGCUGCACACAUCACUGUAACCACAGCACAGGGACAGACUGUCUGCUUUUCUGAAGAGACAAAGGAUAAAAUUAACUUGGACUUGCUGGAUGACGUGGCAUGGUGUCAGAUUCAGAAGCUCACGAGUCUGAUGGAUUAUCUGUCGAGGCGAAGUCAAUCCCAGCGAUGAGUCGAAGAUGCUUGAACAUCCACGGUGACCAGGGUGUUUCUCCACUUUGAUAUGACACUGGAAACUUUUUUUAUGUUGUGGAUUAAUUUAUAGGAUUGGGUUUAGUUCUUAUCAAAUGUGCUAAUAAGAGUAACAGUUGUGCUUUGGUUCUGAAAGUUUUAAAAAUAUAAUAAAGCUUAUUUAUAUAAACCUA